GAGAUCAUUAUAGAGCAGACUGUCUCAGAUACCUGCCGUUUAGUAAAUGUCGUUAUCAGUUUUUAAGUACCGCGAGGAUGAGGUAACGAAAUAGUGCCGCGGCAUUAAAACGGUUCAAACAAGUUACAACCGUGAAGGUGCACGGUUGAUGGUUGGUACUCGCGCGAAUAAACGUUUUUACGUUAGGUUUUAUGCACAAUUUUCGCACGUGUCAAUUGAAGAGUGACGGUUGCGGAAGAUUGUUCUAGGGGUACGAAUUAAUUGUAACGCGUUCGUAUCAAUUAGUUUCCCGUUCGCGAGUUUUUCGAAAAAGUCGAAAGUGAUGCGCGAAAAGUGGAAUAAAAAGGAUGUUUCCCAGCAGACCGAAGGUCAACCGGGUUACUCACCACAUCUGUCUGCGGCAAGAGAUUACUCCCCCCAGCUGCCGACGGAAGACGUCGGUCAACGGAUCGCCUUAUUUCCGGAAAUGCACCGUCCAAAAUUACGCUCGAAAGUUCCGUCGAUGAGGGCAAUAAAUACCUAUAACAGCAUUUCGACUGAUAAUUUAAGUGGAUAUGACAAUUUAACGUAUACCCCGGACGAAAUGUCGUUAGAGUACAAAUUGCCGUUGACGCCCGCCAGUGUUUCCCAUAUGUACGAUUAUCCUGGCACGUUAAGUGGAAGUUCUACUGCUGGCGCCAGUACGUAUACGGAAAACACGUUAGAAAAUAGGAAACGAACUAUUGCACUUAGUAAUGAGGCGUACGACUAUCCUUCGCUGCACUCGUCGACUUCCUUGACGGGGGAAAAUCAUGGAGAAAUGGAAUCGAAAACGGAAGGUUCCAGAUCGAAAUUGAUUUCUUCAAACACAUCCGGGGCUUGCUGGUCAUGCUUCGUGUGCGCAGAGACCAUACUUUGCACCAUAUCGUUGGCCGCCGGUUUGGGCAAUUUAUACAGGCUACCACAAACGACACUAAUCAGAGGCGGUUUACCGUUUCUCGUGGCCUACAUAAUUUUAUCGUUAUUCAUCGGGCUGCCGCUGCUCUUCCUCGAGCUGGGCCUAGGACAGUUGGCCCAAGAGGGAUUCAUCAAAAUUUGGAGAGCUGUUCCGAUCUUCCGCGGAUUGGGUUACGUCAAGUUCGGAGCAAUUAGUCUACUUAGCCUCUACUAUUCGUUGUAUAUUGGAUUGUUUAUCAAUUACUUAAUAUGGUUCGGCAAGGGCCCACCGCCGUUUACGGAAUGUGCGACAGUUAAAAUUACGGACGGCUACAAGGCGGAUGGAAUACCAGGCCAGGAAUGUCUGCAAAAAACAUUCCUAGAGUCCGCAUUUACGGAUCCCAAAAAUUACGGAAUUUACGUGGGAAUAAUUUUUCUAAUUUGGAUUACGGUAAUGGGCUUCCUAAUCGGAAGGACCAAAACGUAUUCGAAGUUACUCGUCAUUUUUUUAAUUCCUAUCUUGGGCUGUGUGAUAGCGUUAAUUGUGAAAGCCGUGAAGAUGGAGCAGGAAUUCGAAGGACUGCAAAAGUUCGCGACUGACAUUGAGUGGUCGUUAUUAGGCAGCGCUAAUAUAUGGUAUUAUGCGAUCAUUCAAGUGUUCUUUGCAACGCACAUUGGAUUCGGUCCUUUCGUCACGAAUGCGGGAACAGUCUUGAGCAAGGCGAAUGCCUUUUGGACCGCUGUCGGUUAUGUGAUCAUUAACUUAGUGUUUGGUAUCGUAUCUGUGAUACUCUGCUUUAUUCUUUCGGGCAAGCUGGGGGCGACAUAUAAAACUGGUCCAGUUGCGGAAUUACAUCUGCUUAGUUUAGUGUAUGAUACUGCCAGCGAAUUUGGAAGUGAAGACGCACGAAUAUGGUCAAUUGUAACCUUUUGCAUGCUGAUUCUAUCAGGAUUUGUUUCAUUGACAACCUUGGUCUACGCCAUAGUCAAAGCGUUGAGGGUCGAAACGAAGCAGAAGUUACCAUGGUGGCAAGCGUUAGUAAUUACUACAUUCGUUGGAAUGGUACUUAGUGCGCUGUUACUUUUGCCAUCAAAUUUCGCCGUGGUUCACUUGCUGGAUCAUUACGUGGUUGGAAAUCUAGUCCUACUCUGCACUGUGUUCGAAAUAUUAGCAAUUGUUGCUUUUUAUGGAUCAAAGCGAAUUCAAUUAGAUUUUGAGUUUAUUCUUGGAAAGAGCCUGUCGAAGUUAUGGAUCGUUUUUUGGUGGCUAAUUCCGUUCGUGUUGUCCGCCUUAUUUAUUUGGGCCUUGUGUACCGUAUCCCUGACUGGAAUUUGGGAGAGAGAUCCUGCGUGGCUGUAUAGCGUUGGCUGGGCGCUGGUUUUCGCAUCAUUAGUAAUCAUCUUUGCGCUUGGUUGUUACCAAGUACAAAAACAGGACGAAUACUACACAUUCAACGAUAAAUUGGUGGCAGUCACUAAACCAUUGCGAAACUGGGGCCCGGUCGACCCAAUAAUGCGCUACAGUUGGGUGCAGUGGCACAGCAAGGCGAAGAACGGCGAGCGAGAUUUCACUUUAAAAAGAAGAGGCACGCGAGACUAUACCCAUUCGGUGAAAAAGCGUCGUGAACCUUACGGCAAAGCGUACAUACCGACAAUUAGUAGUAAUCCAUCAACGUUAUCGAGAAAUUCUCCGAGACCCUUCAACCAAAACGAUCUCAAUCAAAACAGCAUCAAAACAAAUUACGCCGAACCGCUGCGGAUUCUCGUAAAUAGUCCCAAUAACAACAAAAUGUACCUAAAUAGCGAUCAGCGAGCUUUACACGUCACCUCCUUCAACAGUCAGCCCACAGUGAAUUCGAACAGUUAUUCGGACUAUCAAACGAAGACAAAUCUUAAUCCGUUAUCGGUUCAUACAAAUGGCGAUCCAGUAGCCAUGGAAAAUGUAGCUACAGAAACUUACGGUACCUUCAGAAAGGGGCCAUAUGUUAUUCCCCACGCUAACGGUGCACAUAUUUGCCAUAGAAAAUACAAUGAAGCAGAAAUUUCAACAGAGUUAUAAAAAUAUAUGUUGUAGGUAGGUAUAUGUAUAAUAAUUGUUGUGUUAUUUAAAUUUUGUACAAAUGUUGUAAAUAUAUAAUUUUACAUUGUUA